CCUCCCCCUUUCCCCGCAAGUAAACAGAAAACCGAGGAGAGAAACGCUCGUGUCGUGUGUCUGACGCUGAAAGGUCACUUGCGGGAAUGGAAGCGGACGUUGGGUUUGGUUUUGGCGUUUUUCUCACGCUCACUCGCUUGUGUGUGUGUGCGUGUUUUAAUAGUUAACUUGUGAGACCAGCUGACUUGCGAUGAAGGGAGAGGCGGAAGUGAAGUCAUUUGACAGACCGUCCAUGUUAUUAUUGUUAUUUUGGUAGCCGUGCAAUGAGACUGGCUGCGGUGCCGCUGGUCUCCGAGACAACCGCCGCUAACGACACCGCAGGCCGCCCCGCACCGCGACACCACCGCCCUCACUGACCCGGAGACAGGAGCCUCGCUGACGGCUGGAGGGAGAAGGAGGGAGAGGGAGGAGGAGGAGGGUGUGAGGACCCAGCUCCAGCUCCAGCUCCUACACUCCGACCGACCAAAAAUAAAACGGCGACAAAACAACAGCUUCUCGUCAUUCGUCUUUGGUGUGUGUUUGCGCCGCCGCUGCAGACAUGAACGGUAUCACCAAGGGCCGGUUCGAGGUGUUCUCAAACAGCGAUGAAGCCCCCAUUAACAAGAAGCUCCCCAAAGAGCUUCUUCUAAGAAUAUUCUCCUAUUUAGAUGUGGUCACGCUCUGUAGAUGUGCCCAGGUAUCCAAGGCGUGGAAUGUUCUGGCUCUCGAUGGCAGCAACUGGCAGAAGAUUGAUUUGUUUAACUUCCAGACAGACAUAGAGGGCCGGGUGGUGGAGAACAUUUCAAAGCGCUGUGGAGGCUUCCUGAGGCAGCUGAGCCUCAGAGGCUGCCUGAGUGUGGGAGAUGCCUCCAUGAAGACCUUCUCUCAGAACUGCAGAAACAUCGAAGUGUUGAACUUGAACGGCUGCACCAAGAUAACAGACAGCACGUGCCUCAGCCUCAGCAAGUUUUGCUCCAAACUCAAACACCUGGAUCUCACCUCCUGUGUGUCCGUCAGCAACCACUCUCUCAAGGCUCUCAGUGACAACUGCAGAAUGCUGGAGAUGUUGAACCUGUCGUGGUGUGACCAGAUAACACGUGAUGGCAUCGAGGCUCUAGCGAGAGGCUGCUCCGGUUUACGAGCACUGUUCCUCAGAGGCUGCACACAGCUGGACGAUGGAGCAUUGAAACACCUUCAGAAACACUGCCCAGAACUCACCACUAUCAACAUGCAGUCAUGCACACAAAUAACAGAUGAAGGCCUGGUCAGUCUUUGUCGAGGAUGCCACAAGCUGCAGAUUCUCUGCAUGUCUGGUUGUAGUAACAUCACGGAUGCCUCCCUCACUGCACUGGGACUCAACUGUCCCCAACUUAAAAUUCUUGAAGCUGCACGAUGCUCCCAUGUCACAGAUGCUGGGUUCACUGUGCUGGCCAGGAAUUGUCAUGAGCUUGAAAAAAUGGACUUAGAAGAAUGUAUUUUGGUGACAGAUAACACCCUGGUUCAGCUGUCCAUCCACUGCCCUCGUCUCCAAGCCCUGUCUCUGUCCCACUGCGAGCUGAUCACAGAUGACGGCAUCAGAGCUCUGAGCAGCAGUACCUGUGGCCAAGAGCGCCUCACUGUGGUGGAGCUGGACAACUGUCCUCUCAUCACUGAUGUUACCCUGGAGCACCUGAAGAGCUGCCAUCGCCUGGAGCGUAUCGAGCUCUAUGACUGUCAGCAAGUCACCAGGGCUGGCAUCAAACGCAUCCGGGCCCAUCUUCCAGAGAUCAAGGUCCACGCCUACUUUGCCCCAGUGACACCCCCACCCUCUGUACAUGGAGGUGGCCAGCGUCUGUGCCGUUGUUGCAUCAUCCUCUGACAGUGGAGGGCCAGGGGGGGCCACCUCUGUCUGCAGGUCCUGCUGCUCUGAUAUCUGCUGACUAAUGGGGUUUGAGGAGGAGAAGACUGAUAUCGUCAAAGGGGAGAGGAGGGGCUGGACCCCACUCACUGCUCCUGAUCACUGAUCAAUACAUGCACUGAUCAACACUGGUCCCUGAUCAGUUGAACCCACCCCUCCUCUCACCUCUUGCUCACCGGUCAGCUUUGCAGCAGCCCCAGGAUUUGGCAUGAAGAGGAUAGAGGAAAGGAACAUGGAUGGAUGGACACAUUCUCUCUCAUUCUCUUUCUCUCUCUGUGAGGACAAAAAACUGGUCUCUUCAUUCAGCUUCUCAC